AUGGCAUCACAAGUGCAAGAGAAAGAGCCGCAACCGGCAUAUCUCGCUUCCCCAGGCUCAAUUCUUCAUGCGGACAAGAAAUUCUACUCAGCCGUUUCAGCAGCUCCGCGUACCCUGAAAUCCAAGGUCACUAUUCCACCCCGCUGCGCCAAAGCGUUCCAUGUCCCCGCAACCCACAUUGUACGCUUUUCUACGCCAUCAGGUCCGCAAGUAGGGGAUCUAAAUAUUUGGAACGCACAUAAUUCGCAAGAAAGGUUUUGGGCGUCCAGAACUCGGCAAUUACAAGCAAGUCAUGUAACUACGUACGAUAGGCUGUGGAGUUGCUUGCCGCAUCUGCGGCCCAUGGUGACGAUAAUUGGCGAUUCUUUAAGCGACUUUGGAGUUUCAAAGUGGGGCGGGAGGUGUCAUGACUUGCUUGGAACUCGCUGCGAUCCCUAUGUAAAUAAAAUGCUUACAGGUGAUGACUAUGACUUUCAAUGCCACUCCAACCUAGUCAGAUCAGUCCUACCAUUCGGACUAGCAGAGUCGGACGUCCACGAUGUCCUCAAUAUUUUUCAAGUAACAGGCCUAAAUAGCCAAGGAAAAUACUUCAUGGAAGCGUCGCCUGCCAGACCCGGGGACUAUAUCGAGUUUUUCGCGGAACAAGAUUUACUCAUGGCACUGAGUACUUGUCCCGGUGGUGACUUGUCAAGGUGGGGGUGGGGCGAAGGAAGUGCUGGAGAUGAAGCAGAUGAGAAGCAGAGCAUGUGGGAUUGUUGUAGAGAAAUCAAAGUAGAAGUAUUUGAAAUUGAUAAAGAGGCAAAGGAUGUUUUAAAAGAUUGGAAGGAGCCGAGAAAGCCCGGUUAUAAAGGAAUGCACGGUAUGAAUGUGCCAGGAGGCGAGCUCAUGACUUCAAUUAAGAUGUGGACAGCCGACAAUAGUGUGGAGGUUGGCCAGGCUUGA